CCGGCCCGAGCGCCCGCGGAGAACACGGACAGGGACCUGCACGGCCACGGGCGCUGCGCCGGAGGCUCCUCUCGCGGGCGGGGGCUGCGCUACCAUGGCGGACAAGGAGGUCGGCGGCAGCGACACUGGGCCCCGAGAAAUGGCCCCUACAUCUGCAUAUUCAUCUCCAGCCCGGAGUCUGGGGGACACAGGAAUAACACCUCUGUCCCCUUCCCACACUGUGAACGAUGCCGACCCAAACGUCUCUGAGCAGCAGACGUUUCUCGUGGUGGUGGCUGUCGACUUCGGGACCACAUCCAGCGGCUAUGCCUACAGCUUCACCAAGGAGCCAGAAUGCAUCCAUGUAAUGAGGCGAUGGGAAGGAGGCGACCCUGGGGUGUCCAACCAGAAGACUCCGACCACCAUCUUGUUGACUCCGGAGAGGAAGUUCCACAGUUUCGGGUAUGCCGCCAGGGACUUCUACCACGACCUGGAUCCCAACGAGGCCAAGCAGUGGCUGUACCUGGAGAAGUUCAAGAUGAAGCUGCACACCACUGGGGACCUCACCAUGGAUACAGACCUGACGGCAGCAAAUGGCAAGAAAAUCAAAGCUCUUGAAAUCUUUGCUUAUGCCCUGCGGUACUUUAAGGAACAAGCGCUGAAGGAACUGAGCGAUCAGACGGGUUCAGAGUUCGAGAACUCUGAUGUCAGAUGGGUUAUCACAGUGCCUGCCAUCUGGAAACAGCCCGCCAAGCAGUUCAUGAGACAAGCUGCCUACCAGGCAGGCCUGGCUUCCCCCGAGAACUCAGAGCAGCUCAUCAUUGCCUUGGAGCCUGAGGCGGCCUCCAUCUACUGCCGGAAGCUGCGGUUGCACCAGAUGAUCGAGCUGAGCAGCAAGGCCGCGGUCAAUGGGUACAGCGCCAGUGACACAGUAGGAGCUGGGUUUGCACAGGCCAAGGAACACACACGACGUAAUCGGCAGAGUCGAACCUUUUUGGUGGAGAAUGUCAUAGGAGAAAUCUGGUCCGAGCUGGAGGAAGGUGACAAGUAUGUGGUAGUGGACAGUGGCGGUGGCACCGUAGACCUGACAGUCCACCAGAUACGGUUACCGGAGGGACACCUUAAAGAACUGUACAAAGCAACAGGUGGACCCUACGGAUCUUUAGGAGUAGAUUAUGAAUUUGAAAAGCUUCUGUGUAAAAUAUUCGGAGAGGAUUUUAUCGAGCAAUUCAAAAUCAAGCGUCCUGCGGCCUGGGUUGACUUAAUGAUUGCAUUCGAGUCUCGCAAAAGGGCAGCUGCCCCGGACCGAACUAACCCUCUGAAUAUCACCCUGCCCUUUUCCUUCAUUGACUACUACAAGAAGUUCCGUGGGCACAGCGUGGAGCACGCCUUGAGGAAGAGCAAUGUGGAUUUUGUGAAGUGGUCCUCGCAGGGGAUGCUGAGGAUGAGUCCAGAUGCCAUGAAUGCCCUUUUUAAGCCGACCAUUGAUAGCAUCAUUGAGCAUCUCCGAGACCUGUUUCAGAAGCCGGAAGUGUCCACGGUCAAGUUCCUCUUCCUGGUGGGCGGCUUCGCCGAGGCGCCCCUCCUGCAGCAGGCGGUGCAGGCUGCCUUCGGCGACCAGUGCCGUAUCAUCAUCCCCCAGGACGUGGGCCUCACCAUCCUCAAGGGCGCCGUCCUCUUCGGCCUGGACCCCACUGUCAUCAAGGUGCGCCGGUCCCCGCUCACCUACGGGGUUGGGGUGCUGAACCGCUACGUGGAGGGCAAGCACCCGCCCGAGAAGCUGCUGGUGAAGGACGGCACUCGCUGGUGCACUGACGUCUUCGACAAGUUCAUCUCCGCUGACCAGUCCGUGGCCCUGGGCGAGCUGGUCAAGCGCAGCUACACCCCGGCCAAGCCCUCCCAGCUGGUCAUUGUCAUCAACAUCUAUAGCUCUGAGCUCGACAACGUGAGCUUCAUCACCGACCCCGGGGUGAAGAAGUGCGGCACGCUGCGCCUCGAUCUCACGGGGACCAGCGGCACUGCCGUGCCCACCCGCAGGGAGAUCCAGACGCUCAUGCAGUUCGGGGACACUGAGAUCAAGGCCACGGCCGUGGAUGUAGCCACUUCCAAGAGCGUCAAGGUUGGGAUCGACUUCUUAAAUUACUAACUGGCCCUCCCCGCCGCCUGUCCCCCUGGGCUCAGCUCACCUGCAUCUGCUGACCUCAACCCUGACUGUUCUUUCCCUGCCCUUGACCCUAGCCAUCACCCGUCUGAAUUUCAGCAGGGAAGAUGAGAACAGCCAGGGCUAGAAAUAAUUAGGGAUUUUUGAGGGCACACUGGAGUCAGAAAAACCGUUGGCAGUGAAGAUGGAGGUGGGGAAAUAAGGAAUUUGAGGAUCCCAGAAAAGCAGCUAGUGUUCAUAGGUACGAAGUGGUGAAACCCCCACCCCCACCCCCCGCCGCCCCACAAGGGAAUCAGUACAUUUCUGCAGCAGUGAUCGGGCUUGGGUCGAAGAGAUCUCCCUUAUGGAGAACUUAGGAUGCCCUGUCGUGAUCCUUCCAGAUUUGAAAUAAGAUCUUUGAGCCAGGAGGAGAUUCUUCAUCUCUCUUGAGACUUUUCUUUUUUACAUGUUUUGGAUGGCAGUCGCUUAUAAAAUGCCAUCCAUCUGCAGUUAAUUUCUUUUCAUCAUGGUGUGAUUAAAAGUGAUGAUUCACCGGGAACUUGGAGGGUUUUUAGCUGGUGGGAGAAGACUGCCUACACUGGGCGCUAUUUUAGGUUCUCAUAAUUUAAAUUCCAGAAAGGGUUAGUGAAGAAUAACUGUAGCUUCAGCUAAUCCACUAGGAUUUGUGAGUGGGAGAGCUGACACCUCGACUUUUCAGCAGGUAAAAAUUUGCUUCGAGGCAAAUGGAUAUUGAGCUAGUGACAUAUCCCAAAUUAUAUGCUGUGAUAGAACUCCCCAAAGGCCAAAUCCUGAUUUCUGAAUUCAUAAGUAAUCUGCAUUAACCUUCGUAGGAUUCUGUGUGAGAAAAUGAAGUUGCAGGUUGCCUCCUUCACAUCACCAAGCCCGGGAGUCCGGAACAGCCCCUCCCCUUGACAGGCACACGUAUCUUAAACUAACUCCCUCCUCCCUGCUUGCCCUCAUCUCCCUAAGAGAUCUGGCCAUUUAUUUCCACAUUUUGAAAAGAAUACAUUGGUGAUACCUGGGCAGAGAAUCUGUUUAACAAAAUGUUUCAUUUAAAAUCUUCAGUUUUAAAACUAGAACUGAAGAUUCUAUCUAAAGGCAUUCAGAGAUCUGUACUUAGUGAAUGAAGCUGGGUUUUUUCAAAGCAGAUCUGUGGAUCUCCCGCGCAAGAACUGCCUGGGCGCUUCUGAAAUACAGGUUCCUGGAUUCUGUCCCUUUUAUGAACUCAAGUCUUGGAGAGGGGAACCAGAAUCUGCAAUUUUUAGUAAAUGCCACAGGGGACUGUGGUUCAGUUGGAAUUUGAAAACUCCUAUCUUUAGGGUUUUGGAAAGCUGGGGCCCAGACCAGAGCCUGCAGCUUCCAGUUGGGUUCCCUUAGGGAGUGAGUCUGCAAGUGAAGAACCACAAUCCCACACGUUGCCCUCUCGUGAGUGGGGCUGGAGCUCCAGCUGGCUUGGGGAGGGCGCUUUUAACCUUCUUGUGAGUGGGGCUGGAGCUCCAGCUGGCUCGGGGAGGGCGCUUUUAACCUUCACAGGAAGGGCCCGGGGAGGAAAAAGAUUGGAAGAAAGGCAGCCUCAGAAUGGGGCUGAGGAACCAACGGGUGUGUGUGUCCGCUCUCCAUCCUUCCCCACUUGCAAAGCCAGUCUUCAACAUUCAGGAGCCAACUGAGGAAAAGCAUCAAGAACCUGACUCAGCCCCUGUGAUCUGUUCAAAGCUGUCUUUUCCACCUGCUGGAGUUAACUCGAUUUUAAAUCACCAGAGGCAUGCAUAACGAAUGAGGGGAGGGUGGAUGACUCAGCCACUAACUUUGAAUACUUGGAUUCACAAACCCAUUAUCAUAUGCAGAUUUUAAGUAGCAUUUCCAACUUCAUUCUAAGUGUCUUCUUUUUCCCAUCGCUUGCUGCAGAAUUCCCUACUAGAACCUGAAACACUAACAAACCCAGAACUAGAGGAUGCUGGUCACAUACUUAGUAGCGGGGUUUCACAUCGAGACACAGAUGUGGCUCUAGGGUUCUCUCGCUGCCUACUCGGCUUCAAAAGCUAAAUGUUAUGGGUCUUUCUUUGGUGUUGCCAGCCAUACUCUACAAACAAGACUUUUCCAUUCAGUUAUAAGUAAUAUAAUUUUAUGUACAUAUAAUAUUAGAAAAUUGUACAGAAUCUUGAUUUCUACAAUGCGCUCUUGUUAAAAAAAAAAGGGAAAAUGCUCUUUGAAUUUUGUUGAUGACAUUGCUGCCUUUAAGUUUCCAUGGUUUCAUUUCUUAAUUGUGCUUACUAGACAUUGAUUUGUACUGAUGCUAAGCUAUGGACUGUGUGCGCAGACUGAGCAACAGACAGAGGUGCCUAGGGUCAGAAUCCUCUACGAAAUAGACCGGCUGGAUUGACAGCUCCAUCAGACCUUUCUACAUACACAUCCUUCCCAAAGGUUCACAGUUUAUAUUUAAAGGUGCAUAAUAAUGUAUCGAUUCUCCUGAACUGUCUUUGAGAGCUGAACGUUCUGGUUCUGUAAGCCAUGUGACUGUGCAGAAAAACCUCCGAAAACUCUGUGUCCCUGCAGGGUUGUCAGCGUCUCCUUGUGGGGCGAAGCAGUCACUCUGAAGGCAAAGUGUGAUGUUUUCAGGACACCAGCAUCAAGGGGAGGAAUCAGGUGGUACACAAAUCCAGCUUUUCUACUGGAUUAAGUGUAAGUGUGAGUAACAGAGUCAAGUCCUUUUCUUGGCUAAUGUAAGGCCUUUCCCAUCUUGCAUUAAGGAUGUCUCCUUGUCUAUUUCUCUUAAAUGAAACGGUUGAAAUUUGCAAUGUUGGCAAAAAGAUGAUGGAGAGGGGGUGAUGAUUUUACUGGAUUUUCUUCUGCUCCAGAGAUGCAGCCCUGAUAGUCAGACUCUUAGAGGGAAUCCUCAAAUCCACCCCUUCUCCCCUUCCCCCCCACAGAAAUAUUCUAGAGUAAGAACACUGGAUAGGUACAUGUGGACACAUUUUCUAAUCUUAGAAAGUUUCUAAAAGGCCCGUUGUCUUAACACAUCACUCAGUUGUCCCUGGCGUAUUAUCUGAGGUUCAGGUUUCUUGGAAGCAGAACUGUCAAAGGGUUUCCUUUGUAACUUCCCUUUCUGUACACAGCAGGCAUUAAUAAAUGUUGAAUGUCAGACAAGAAUGUCACAUGGACAAGAGAGGAAAGAGGAAACAUACAAGCGUUUCUGCAGACCGAUGGCUAAGAUGAAUCCAGAUUGCAGAGCCUGCCCUACCCCUAGAAUGUUAUUUAGAUCAAGUUUAGCUUUUAGAGUCCAGGUCUGGUUAAUUGCCAGGGUGGCAAAGAAUCGCAUGCACCUAUAUAAACAGGAGUCAAAAUGCAUUAUUAGCUGAAGAUCGAAUCACACAUUGUAGAGAUGAAAUAGCUGUGAUUAAGCUGCGUAUUUAUGCUGGGAAAUGGCUGAAGUGGGUGACUAGUAUAAAAGUUGUUGGCCAUAACAUCGUAUCUCUUAUCGGCUUGGAAUAUGGAAAUAUAUUCUAAAAUAACAGCCACUGGGGUCUUGUUCACUAUAAAUUCGAACUUCACAGAACGUGGCAGCAAUUCACAAUCUGACUGUAUCUGCAAACUGUCUUCACAGAUGUCUAAUAAAGCAAAACUCUGGAUCUCAUGUGGCCCAGACUUCUUUUGUGCACUCUGAAUUUGUAAAUGGAAUUAUAGAUACAUUACUGACUUUCCCCUCUGCCCCAUCUCAGAUGGAAAUUGAUUU